GGGGCGGGACCUAGCGCCCAAUAGCUGCCGGCAAAGAGAGGAAGGGGGGAGAGCAUGUUCCAUCAUCCAGGAAGUUGCUACUGCAAGGACAGGAGAGGCAGGUGUCUGUACUUGCCACUGCCAGACUUUCCCCAAAGUGUCAUAGCACGGCCUACUUCAGUAUUCCCCCGUGCAGUCCCGAGCCCCAGCAGGCCAUCACCUCAUAACUGUAGCUGCUGCUGGGCUGGCUGCUCUUCACUCGCAGUCUCACUUAUCCAUUGGCUGGUAGCCCCGCCCCCUUCCAGCACACUCCGGCUCCAACACAGAGUCAGAAGAACUGGAAUGGAUCCAGACCCAGAGGCAUCCUGCCCCACUGCUGCUAUCUGAACACCUGCUGCUACCAGAACAUAGAGGGACUUCACAGAAAAAAUUACUUCUUAUCGAUGUGGACUGCGGUACGGAUGAUGCCCAGGCUAUAAUGAUGGCAAUUGCUGCACCCAAUAUUGAAAUUUUGGGAAUCACAUGUGUGGGAGGAAACACUUCUUUGGACAAUGUCUGCAAAAAUGUGCUGCGCGUCCUCAAACUGUGUGACCGAUCUGAUAUUCCAGUCUAUAGAGGAGCAGCUAUAGGAAUCCUAGGACAUAGCAUUCACGCGUCCUAUUUUCAUGGUGAAGAUGGUCUAGGGGAUGUACCUGAUCCUUAUUCUCCUGGCUUGGAACACCUUCAAAAAGAACAUGCUGUUGAUGCAAUGACACGACUGGUAUCUGAGCAUCCUGGCAAGGUUUCUUUAGUGGCUACAGGCCCGCUGACCAACUUAGCUCUAGCAGUAAAAAUGGACCCUACGUUUUCCCAGAAACUUUAUAGCUUGUACAUAAUGGGUGGAAAUAUGGAAUCAAGAGGAAAUACCACAGCAUGUGGAGAGUUUAACUUCUUUGCAGACCCUGAAGGGGCCUACAUUGUCCUGAAUGAAUACUUGUGCACAACUUACAUUGCUACAUGGGAAUAUGCAUGCCGUCAGAAGCUCCCUUGGGAGUGGUAUGAUAAAUGGGUGAACAUGGGGACAAAAAAAUCUGACUUCAUAAAGAAGAUCUACAAUCACAGCUUGCAGUAUUCCAGGACUGAGAAGGAGGAGAAAGCUAUGGUCGAUGGGCCCGGAUUUGUUUCCUGUGACUCAUACGCCAUGGCCGCGGCCAUUGAUGGCAGCUCAGUUACCAAGGUCAUUGAAUGUGCAGUGACUGUGGAGCUCUCCGGGAAAUUUACUCGCGGAAUGAUGGUGCUUGAUUUGAUUGAUGACCUCAAGAAACAAAAUAAGGCUUUUGUCAUAAAUGGAUGUGAUAUGGAAAAGUUUAAAGAGCUCAUGGAGGCAACUGUCAGAUAAAAGGUCACAUGAUUUUAAAUUUAAAUACAUGAAUUAUGUGAACAAUGAAAUACAUUGUCUUCAAACAUACACUUGUCACCUCUUAUCACAAAGAACAUGUGUACAAAUCCUUUAUAUACUGCAUAAUAACUAAUACUAAACAAACAAACAAACUGUUGCUACUAACAUUAUAUUUCUCUAUCAUUAUGCUGGCUUCUGUUACUAAUUUUGUAUGGUAUUCAAUUCUGUUACCAGAGCACCCUGUAAUGUAUAAUGUAUAUGUGAGUAAAGAAAAUGGUAACAAACCAA